AGCUCAGCGUUAAGUAAUGGCGGAUGUGUUCGUACGGUGCUCCGUCGAAAAAAUGAACUUUUCUACCCGUUUUGUAUGAGUGUGACAACAGAACCAGUGCAAAAAUGGAAGAUCAAAGCCUAGUGAAGCAAAACAUUCUCGUUCCAGAAGUUUAUUUUCUGAUAUCCAAAUUCCUGGCCAAUGGACCACUGCGCGAGACGGCAAAGGUUCUGGUGCAGGAGUUGGAGCAUUUGGACAUCCUACCCCGGCGUCUAGACUGGACCGGACAGGAGCAUCGACAGUCGCUGGAUGAACUUGAAAGGAAAUAUCCACACGUUGGACCAGAGCAUUUGCUCGAAAUAUGCAGCCGUAUCGGACCGCUGUUGGACAAAGUGUUACCCCCCGCCGUGUCCGGCGUUUCGUCCGUGCUCGGCGCCGGGCGGCAGAGCCUGCUGCGCACGAAGGAAAGCGUAACCAGGCCGCGCCAGCUGCUCGACUACUACACGCGCCGGCACGACCGACCGCUGAGCGAUGUGGUGAAUCGCAACAACACGCACAACUUCGUGAAGGUGCUGUACGGGCGGGAAAGUGCGGGGCCGCUAACGCGCCGCCAGGCCAUCCCGACCUCCUUCUACUCGAAGCAAACGCUGCAGCGGCGCACCCUCGGCCACCUGUCCGCGGUGUACUGCGUGCUGUUUGAUCGCACCGGCAAGUACAUCAUCACAGCGGCGGAUGACUUUCUCGUGAAGCUGUGGUCGGCAAUCGACGGCCGCCUGCUGGCCACCUUCCGCGGUGCGUCCGCCGAAAUCACCGAUAUCGCGAUCAAUCUCGACAACACGAUGCUGGCGGCCGGUUCGCUGGAUCGGAUACUGCGCGUGUGGGAUCUGCAAUACGGCGGCCCCAUAGCGGUACUGGCCGGCCACACCGGCAUGAUAACGUCGGUCAACUUUUGCCCCUCGCCCAAGACGGACCUGCGCUUUCUGGUUACGACCAGCACGGACGGCUCGGUCGCCUUCUGGGAGUACACGACGCGCAACGGCAAGACGACGUUCUCGUCCAAGCCCACCUCCUACCACGAAAAGCUGCGCCCGGGUCAGGCACAGAUGAUCUGUGCCUCGUUCUCGCCCGGCGGCAUCUUCAUGGCGGCCGGCUCGGCCGAUCAUCACGUGCGCGUGUACCUGAUGUCGGAGGACGGGCCGAAGCGCAUCCUGGAGACGGAAUCGCACUCGGACACGGUCGAUUCGAUCCAGUGGGCCCACGGUGGGCUGAAGUUCAUCUCGGGCAGCAAGGACGGUACGGCGCUGGUGUGGCACUUCGAGUCGCAGCAGUGGAAAUCGAUCCGGCUGAACAUGGGCGACCGGCUGCCGACCUGUCCGCCCGUCAACCCGGACGACAACGUGAAGCUGAAGGUGACGAUGGUGUCGUGGGACAACACGGACAACUGGGUGAUAACGGCGGUGAACGAUUUCACGAUCAAGGUGUGGAAUGCGCAGACGGGCAAGCUGCACCGCGUGCUGCGCGGGCACACGAACGAGAUCUACGUGCUCGAGUCGCACCAGAAGGACUCGGGCGUGCUGCUGUCGGCCGGCCACGACGGCCAGCUGUUCAUCUGGGACAUUGUGCAGGGCGUUUCGAUGGCAAACUUCGUCAACCGCAUCGACGAUCAUUGCGAGGGCGGCAUCUACGACGCGAAAUGGUCCCCGGACGGUAUGAUGAUUGCGGCGACCGAUUCGCACGGCCACAUACUGAUGUUCGGGUACGGGUCGGGGCACGAGAAGCUGAAGCAGCUGCCACCGGAGCUGUUCUUCCACACGGACUACCGGCCGUUGAUACGCGACUCGGCGCUGCACGUAAUGGACGAGCAGACGCAAACGAUGCCUCACCUGAUGCCACCUCCGUUUCUGGUCGACAUUGAUGGCAAUCCGUAUCCACCGGCGCUACAGCGCUUGGUGCCGGGCAGGGAAAACUGUCCCACGGAUCAGCUCAUACCGAACAUCAGUGUCGGUGGUGAGGGCGCGGAGGUCCAGCAGCAGCAGCAGCAGCAGCAGCAGCAGCUACAGCCGGCUAUUGGUGGCGGUGUUGGUGGUGCUCAGGCAGGUCCGCAGGAGCCCGCUGGUGGGGCAUACUCGAAUAUCGAUCGUAUGAUCGAAGCCCUGGCCAAUCGACGACAGGUCGAGGGUGGUGGAGCAGGUCGAGCGGCCCAGGGAGAAGAUCAACAGGCGCCCGAUUCGAACAAUGAUCGGGCACGUGGAGAGGACGCCGGUGGCGCUUUACAGCCCGCGAACAACGGUGGCCGACCGGGUAACAACGCGAAUCAACCCGCCGGCGGAAGGAAUGGGCAGCGUGGGUUCGGCUCCGCUGGCAAUUGGCACCGCACGGAGGAAGGCUUCAAGUUUCACCGGCGCCAGUACGUGCGGCCGAUGAGCUACUCGGCGAUGGUGAAUCUGAAGCAGCGCGUGUACGCGGCCGGAGUGCAGGAGCAGGAGGUGUAUCGGCGCGAGAUGCGCCGUCGCCCGGUCAUGAUCAACACUGCCAACAGCGCUUCCUCGUCCGGCGGUCCGUCCGGGCUGGGCGGUCGGCGAGCGGCUCGUGCCGGCGGAGGCGCCAACCGUUCGUUGCGCCGGGCCAACGGUGAGGGUGGAGCGAACGGAGCACGCCCAGCCUACCGGACGCGGGCUGUGCGCGAAAACGAACCCAUGCCCGAACCGGACGAAGACGAUGCGGCGGAAGAGCAGAACGAAUCGUCGUCAUCGGAGUCGAGCAACAGCGACUACUCCACCGCCAUCGAGGAGAAGCUUGACCUGUCCGGGAGCAGCUCGAGCGACACCCAAAGCUCGGACUACUCCGACUGGGUGUCGCACGAGCCGGGCCACAAUCUGGAACCCCCGAAGCGGUCGAAGCGGAAACACGUGCAACGCCGUGCCUAUUCGCCGCCCGAUCCCGACCAGCCCGGCCCGAGCCAUGCGACGCCGGGCACGAGCGGUACGGGCGGAGGCCGUCGUCGCUCGACCAAGGUGCGCAAGAUACCGCUGACGCGUGACGGUGAGAUACCGGAACAGUUCCGGCCGCCCGAAUGGCUGUCGGAGGUGAUUCCGCGCAAGGCGCCCUACUACCCGCAGAUGGGCGACGAGGUGGUGUACUUCCGGCAGGGCCACCAGCGCUACCUCGAGGCGGUGCGCACCAAGUCGGUGUACAAUCUCGGCAACCGGUGCGAACCGUGGGCCGCGAUGGAGAUACAGGCGCACGAGCUGUGCAAGGUGAUCGGCAUCAAGUACGAGAUCCGACCGCCCCGGCUCUGCUGCCUGAAGCUGGCCAUCAUUACGGAGGACGGCGAGCUGACGGGGCGCUCGUUCGCCAUCAAGUACCACGAUAUGCCGGACGUGCUGGACUUUCUGGUGCUGAAGCAAACGUUCGACACGUCGGUCGGGCGCAGCUGGGGCCCGGGCGAUCGGUUCCGCUGCAUGAUCGAGGACGUGUGGUGGACCGGGCAGAUCGAAUCUCACAACCAGCUGUCGGCCGACUUCCCGGACUCGCUGUUUAUGUGCUUCCGGGUGCGCUGGGACAAUGGCGAGUACGAGCUGAUGAGCCCGUGGGAUCUCGAGCCGGUGGACGAAGCGCGCCAGCCGGAGGAGGUGGGCGGUGCGGUGCCGGUGCUGCCCGAGGAGCUGCAAGCCACACUGUACCAGCCGAAGCCCGAGGAAUGGCCCCGGGGCGAUCGGGAUGCGUCGUGCCGGCGCAUCAUCGCCGGGCUGGAGCAGGUGAUGGGGCUGGCGAUUGCGGACCUCUUCCUUGCGCCGGUCGAUCUCAACAUCUAUCCCGAGUAUGCGUUCGUGGUGGAGUAUCCGAUCGAUCUGAACACGAUCAAGUCGCGGUUCGAGAACCAUUUCUACCGGCGCAUCACAUCCGCCCAGUUUGACGUGCGCUACCUGGCGACGAACGCGGAAAAGUUCAACGAAUCGCACAGUACGAUAGUGCGGAACGCUCGCAUCAUUACCGAUCUCUGCUUGCGCAUACUGAGUGAUCUCAAUGAAAUCGAUGUGCCAGCUGUGUAUCACCAACUGGUCGAUACAUACCUAUCGUCCGACUCGGAAACGGAGCGGCACAGGCCUGGCCCAUCGACAAGCUCGGCCGGAGCUGCUGGUCCAUCCGGAAGUGGUGUUUCCAACAAUCGACGAACGGGAUCGCGAAGAUCAAGACGACUGGUACCGGAAGGGGAUUGGCGAGUGGACUGCCGAGAGCUGCUGGAGAUGAUUUGGCAGUGCGAUGAUUCGGAACCGUUCCGAGAGCCGGUCGACACCAUCGAGCAUCCGGACUAUCUGCAAAUUAUCGACACGCCGAUGGAUCUGCGCACGAUCAAGGAAGAUCUGCUCGGCGGCAACUACGAGUCGCCGUACGAUUUCUGCAAAGACAUGCGGCUCAUCUUUCAAAACUCGCGCAAUUACAACACAAACAAACGUUCGAGGAUCUACUCGAUGACCCUACGGUUGAGCACGCUGUUCGAGGCGCACAUAAAGGCUGUUAUCUACAACUGGAAAUCGGCCCGAAGGCGCAGUCGAGGCAGUGGCGGUGGCGGUGGAGGCAGCGGUAGAAACCACGAUCUUUCCACCACCGGCAGCAGCAAUGGGCUAGCAUCGUCCACGAAACGGCGCCGACGAGAUCGGCGGGACGAUGCGGCGGCGGGUCCGAGCAGCAGCCGAAGAGGCGGGGCAGCACUGAACAGCAGCUCCGGCAGUGGGAUGAACACGAGUGGCAGCUCGUCGCGUGCCACUGCCAGCCACGCAGCGGCACAUUCGGAUGACGACGACGAUGACGACGACGAUGAUGAUGACGAUGAGGAGGAGGAUCGCCGGGCGGUGAACCAUCGUGCCGGCAAGCGUACGCGCAAUGGCGGAAUGCUAGUAGCGUCCUCGUCCCGCCGUGGUCAUUCAACCGUGGCGGGCGGCUCGAACGGUGUGUCGUCAUCGUCGGCCGGUGGUGGAGCAGGUAACAGUAACAAUGUGAUAGACCCGUUGGCUAUUCCGGGUCCGAGUAGUAGCCGCGGAAGCCGGUCGGCCACCGGUGGCGGUGCGCGCAUGCUGACGCGACGCGGCCGUCGGUCGCAGGACGAAGAUGAUGAGGAGGACGAGGCGGCUGCGAGUAGCGAGGAGUCGGAUAUGAGCAGCAGCGACAACACGAGCAGCGAAUCGGACAGCGACGAUGACGACGAUGACGAUAGCACGGGCGUACCGGUUUCGCACCGGGCGGACUACGACUCCGGCGAGAUGUACGAUCCGUACAAGCGGCGCACCAAACGGUCGCCCCAGAAGCGGAAGCAGAAGAAACGCAACAAGAAGAAGGUGCACCGGAAGGCGGGCGGCAAGCGUGAUACGGUCAGCUCGACGACGAAACGAAAGCGCCCGGGUGUGCUGGACGACUCGCCGGAAGCGGGCAGCAGUGGUGGUGGUGUUCGGCGGCCAUCGGCAGCGGUGCGCGCAGCGCGGCAGGAUCUGUUCGGCACUUCCUCGCCGGCUGGUGGCGAAAGUGGUGGUGGUACACGGUCGCUUCGCAACGGGACCGUAUCGAGUGCUGCUACCUCCAACGCAGCAGGAGCCGAAGCAGGAUCGUCGAUGCAGAACGAUCACAGCAAGCCAAAGACAUCGUCGCUGGGCAGCAAGCGGCCGCGCCGGAGCACUCGCAACCAGAUGGACGACUCCAGCAACGACAAUGACGACGACGAUGAGGAGGAGGAGGAGAACGAAGAAAGCGAAGAGGAUGUGGCAAGGGGCGGCGAGGGCAGUGCGGUGGCAGCGCGUGAAAGUCGCUCCUAUCGGGGAGGAGGACCGCCGGCGAAACGUAACCGCAGCCGGUACGAGUCCGAUCACAGCUACCACAAGGAGCGUCCCAAGACGGCGCGAAUCGUUUCGGAUUCGGACAACGAAGUUGGCGAACCGUCCCGUUCGACCAGGGGCAGCGUCCGGCGGGCACAGGCCGAGUGGGGCAAGAGCGAGGACAGUUUGGAAGAAAGGCACGACGACGAGGAUGACGACGACGACGACGAUGAUGAUGAUGACGACAACGGUGCCGAGGAGAAGGUUGCAAGACGGGGUGGUACUGCAAAACUGCGUUCGGAAAAUGAGGAAGAGGAUGAAGCGGUUGCCGGCGGAUCGAGCACCCGUCGGACGGCGGCACCAUCGUCAUCGUCCGGCACCGGUCGACGGAUGCGGGCACGCAAGCUUCCGUCCGACCACGAGCAGAGCGCCGAGGAGACGAGCAACAUUAGCAAGCGCAGCUCGGCUACGCAGCGCGCUCAGCGAGCGACGGUCGGUCGAAAUCACCCAAACGCCUCGCAAGCUGCUUCGUCCAGCGGCACGCGCAACAGUUGGUACGCCAGCGAGAGUGACAACGACGGGAAUCAUCACCCCGCAGCCGGGGGUGCAGCAACCGUGCCUGCCGCCUCGACCAGCUUUCAUUCGGUGCGCUCGUCACGUCGUAUGGUGAUGGAAAUGAACUCAUCCAGUACGAUAGUUACCGCCAACGGGACGGCGAGUGGUUCGUCGAUCGUACGAAGAACGAUAAGUGCCACCAGCAGCAGCAGUACGUCUGGCCGCCGGUUGCGUGGAAUGGAUGCGAAUCCGGCUAGUGGGACGGCUACUCCGCCACCACACACCGUGGAUCAUAACUACGGCGAGCAGCCGGGUCCAUCCGCUACGCCAGCGGCAACGAGCGGUUCUUCAGCAGGCAUUGCUACCGGUGGCACGUCUAGUGCGGGACGGGGAGAGGCACUCGCUGCUGGCGUCCCGACCGUUGGUGGCGGUGUGAGUGCGUUGAGAAGAACGCGAACGCGCAGUACCGUGCUGUCCCGCCAUCAGCGCAAUCCGGACGAGCUCGAUCAGGGCGUGAUGUUGCCCGAGGCUCCGCAUCGCCCGGAGGCGCCCGCGGAUGGAAGCGAUGAGGACGAUAAUCAACCGCUAAGGGCAGCACCAUCAGCCGGCGUCAGAUCAUCACGGUCCAGCACGGCACGCCAGUUACGGUCGCGCGCUGCCGGUGAUGGUGGUGAAGGUGGCGCUGCUGGUGGUACACCGUUGAAGAGGAAAUCAACGCGCAUUUCGUCAUCGCACGAGGAAGACCUGCCGGAGGACGGAGCGGCCGACGCCGCUGGCGACAGUGAGGACAGUGAUGAUUCCGAUGACGAUAAUACGCCGCUGAAAAUGAUGGCGGGAUCGUCGUCUUCGCGCACGAGGAGUGGUCGCUCGCAGCUCCCAUCCGUUGCCGGUACGCCCAAGAAGAACGACAGCAGUACGGCGUCGUUCGGUAGCAGUCGGAUCGUGCCACAUCGGACGCGAAGAAAGGAACGGUACACGUCCGAUGAGGAGUAUGAGGCUCCCGGUCCGUCGAGUGGAAGGUCGACGCGCAAGAUGAAACGGCCCCGGUACAACGAAGAGUCGGAAGAGAAUGACGAAGAGGACGGGCGUCGUGGCGCGGGCAACAAUCACCAUUCACAUCAUCGAGCGCAGCGGCACACGAUGCGGCCCCGCCAGCGAGUGCUCAGGACUGCCCAGGAGGACGACAACGAGAACGAGGACGACGAGGACGAGCACGACGACGAGGAGGAUGACAUUGCACGGGCGCUGGCCAACAUUCGGCAACGAUCGCGCCGCACGAUUGCUUCUUCCUCCUCCUCCUCCGCGGCACAGCACGGCACAGACGGCGAUGCGGCCAACAACGGUAGUACCAAUAGUCAUAGUCAUAGGGUGGUGGACAACCUUCCUCACCACACCACAACACACCAGCAACAACCGUAUCAUCAUGCUACUCCUCCUCCUUCUCGCCAUCAGUCAGCAGCCGGCAGCAGUCAGCAGCAGCGACGCGACACCAUCGACGAAGCUGAGCGCAGUUUGGGCCGGCCAACUACUUCGCCACCGCACCACCGCAGCAGCAGCACUGGUGGUGGUCGUCCGCCGCGUAGUAGCAGCCACUAUCCGCAGCAGGCCGCAGCGGAGGUGGCGACAGCAGCAGCAGCUGGGCCUUCAUCACGCUUUGCACGAGGACGGGGGGUCGGCCGGGCGCAUCGUAACAACAGCAGCGACGAGGACGAUGAGGAGCAGGAUAGCGCACAGGAGGAGGAUGGGGGGACGGAUAAUGGUGGGGCCGAUGCCGCCACGACACUGCUCACCAGCGUCAGCAGCCGGGGCCGCGUACGGCGCAUCAAUCCGCGGGUGCGCAAGAUUUUCGGCGAAUAGUACUACGCCCUGGAUGGUUCCGCGUGGGAGGAGGGAACCAGCGACACUGCGAGCAGUUCCGGCAGCGAGCAAGACCUUUCAAUGUUUCUCGAUUCUAGCAGAAUGCACCGGCAGCAGCAGCAGCAACAGCAGCAGCUCCAACUUGGCCAGUAUUCCGACGAACAGUGUGUGGAGGAGCUGCUGCUGCACGAUGCGAACACCACUACCACCACGACCACGACGGUAAGCAGCCUCGAUGUGCAGGUGGACGACGUGGUGUACGACAUUGGAGGCGAGGUGAUGAUGUUCUCCGCCAGCCCAUCUGGUGCAACGAUCGAGGAGCUAGAGUUUAUCCUUGGAACGUAAAAUGUGCGCGCUGCAUCCAAGCAACAAGCGCGAAACCACAAUCCCUCACUUAUGGCGGGCAGGGUUUGUCGGUCGUUGGAAACAUCGCUAUCCAUUAUUAGAGUCAUCGUUAGUCCGUUCGUCGAUGCAAGUAUCGCAAGGGAAAACGUUUAAGACUGAUUAUUAGAAAGCGAACGUGGUAAUCAAUUCGUUGCUGAUAACUUACACACACACACUCACACUCCCACGCACCAGCAUGCGUUUGGUUGGUGUUGUUGAGGUGUUUGCGCGAUCGGAUUAUAUUAGUUCGACCAGUUCAUUUUCCCCCCGUUUCACUCCCCCGGGGGUCUAUAUAUCUCAUCUGCUGCCAGAUUCGAUCAUUUACUGAUAGAACGAAGUUGUACACCACACUACUUUAUAAGCACAGACACACACAGCACGCUCUACAGCAAGCCGCGUGAACAAAGUGACAGAUAAGAAAGAGAAGAAAAAACAGUAACAGUAGAGAAAGCGGAAGAAAAGGAUCGCAGGAAUCAUUUCUCAUAAUUUUGUACAAUAUACCUAAGCGCCCUACUAGAAAGAGAGAGAGAGAAAGAGAGAGAGCGAGAGAGAGUGCAGUUAAUUUCCUUAUAUAGCAACGUAAAUUACCUAUCAAGGGAAUGUAGCAGCGGAGUAGGCGGCGACACCACGGUUUGUAAAAAAGAGGAAGGAAAGGAUGUGUAAAUGUAAUCGCCCCCCUUGUUGAUCGUCAUCCAUGCCGGAACGGAAUAUCAGUCGAUCAUUAUUAAUAUUUCCCCUUUGUCACCGCCGCAACUCUUUCUCUUUCUCCCUCUCCCUCUCUCUCUCUCUCUCACGUGGUGCAACGUGACCGUAACACAGGUGGGCACCGAUCGUGCUUUUCGGUAUCAUCCUCUCCCGCUGGUUAAAAAUGUAGAGUUUAAGCGUAUUAAGAGUGUCUCUGUGUCGCGUAUUUUAGGAAACAAAAGUAACUACUAGAACCGAGAGAGGAGAUGUAAUGUGCUACAGAAAAGUAAUAAAAACGUGGAUAAAUAUAAAAGAA